AUGGCCACGGGUGACAUUUGCGGCAACGUCCAGAGGCUGCAGCGGGAGCUGCGGCAGAUCAAAUUCGACGCCGAUGUGGACGAAGUAGGGCUGAGGAUUGGCGACCCGGUGGCGUUCCUGCCGGUGCUGCACCACGUGCUGCUGAAGUUCUCCAGGGCGCUGGCCAGGGACGUCAGCGAGCACGGCUACGAGAUUCAAGGGAAGACGGACCAGCGGUUUGUGGAGUGCGCGUUCAAGGUCAUGAGGGACAUAUUCGGCAUGAGGCUGGUGCUCACGCCGGGGCAGUUUCUGGAACAGGGCUAUGCGGAGAGGAAGGUGCUUCUCCUGAUCGAGCUGCUCCAGGUGUGUAAGAGGCGGCACAACGACUUGGUGAGGAAGCAGAGGCUGACGGCGACCGGCAGGAGGAACAGAAAGGGUGCUUCCAAAACAACCAACCAUGCGGGGAAGAAGAAGCAAAAGACCAAGUUCAGCGUGGAUAUCCAGCCCAAGCAGCACAAUCCUGAGACAGCAGUUCUCCAGGGGGCAAAAAAUGCAAUGCUGGAAAAGGCCUUUGCCGAUCUGCUUUCCACAUCUUGUCAGACAGAUGAGACUGUGGAGCAACAAGAGGCUGUGGCUGGCAUGGAUGCCAGGCUCCCUUUCUCAGUGACCCACCCUACAUCCAGUGGCAUCUCCACGGGCAGUCCAUCGAAGUGGCAAGACCUCCACAGCAUGGAUGUUGGCACUAGCAACGAAUCGACAAUGCCCUUGAGUGACCCCGUGUGGAACAGGAAUGCUGAAGCUCGUCCCACAGGCGCAGGCUGGCCAAAUCCCCACCUUCCCACUUUCCUGGCGCCCAAAGCGACCGUCGGGCACAAUGGGGCCGCACUGCAUGCUGACCCGCGCAGCCCCCACCCCCAGCGACUGGAUCAAGUGCCGCAACUGCAUCCCCAGCGCCCUGACCAACCCCCGCAGUUCCACCCACAUCCCGAUCCGCACCAUCGGGCAUUCGAGUGGCUCCCCAGAGCACACGGAGAACCCGCCCUUCCUGGCCCAAGCCCAGCUCAACCACCGGCGGGCAGCACUGCUCAACCAGAAGCCAGCAGCAUGGAUCAGCCUAACUUUGGCGGCAUGGGUCAACCUCAUUCUGGCAGGUUGGGUCCAGUGUGGCAGUGGGGGCAGGAGACACCCCAGGAACCCGUCUGGCCACAGUGGCCUGGUCAGCAGGCGCCUGCCCCUCUUCCUAAUCAACCAUGGCUGAACCCCGGUGGACCCGCCGUGGAUCGGCCACCUGGCAUGCAUGAGGCUACGGGGGAGUGGUGGGGGCCUCCCCAGGCUCCCCCUUUGGGGACUGUUUUCCCGUCGGGCGACCGCCUUGGGCCGGCGUGGGACCCCUUCACUCCUCGCGCCGGCAUGCCCGCUCCACCAAAUCCAUCUGACGUCUUCCGCCAAAGCAGACGACCGGAGGCCGCCCCGCCAGAUCGGGGGGCUGGGCCGGUGGGCGCGCCGCAUUCUGAUCAUGCACCACCCGUGUGGGUGGGCAUGAGUCAUGGGGCGCGAGACCAGGAGCUGGGGUCGGGCGAUCGUCGUCCGGAUGGCAAUGGGGAGGGAUUCGAAGGAUUGGGUUCCGCGGCAUGCGGCGCCGAAGCCAGCCAAGGGGCAGAAUCGCCGUGGGAGAGGCAGGGCGAACAAAGGGAGGAUGAGCGGAGAGAGGCUGCAGGCGUCGGGGGGAGGGGGGGGGACGUCGAGGGUCGGCUGGACGAGAUGAGGAGGCAGCUGCGGGCGCAGGCGUCGGAGCUGGAAGGCGUGAGGGGCGAGCUCACGGAGGCCAGAGCGAGCCUGGCGAGUUGCCGGAUGGAGCUGUCGACCACCCAGGCCGCGCUGGAGGAGGCAAGGGCGCAGACCUCCAAGGACCAGGAGGACCUCCGAGCCUCGCUGACCCUGAUGGACACGCGCGUGAAGCUCCUGGAGUCCGCCGCCUCCAAGCCACAGCAACAGGCGCCCCCUCAAGCCCACUCCGGCGCCCCUGCUGCCAGCCUCGCAUCCCAGCCAGCCCAGGGUCCGCUGCGCGCCAUUCAAACACCGCCAGCGACAGCAUCCCCCUCCCAACAGACGCAGCCACAGCCGCGCGAGGCCCACUCAAAGGGCAACUCGUCUUCCAGCCCCCACCGCGCGGCACCGCACAACCUCGCGCGCUCGUGGUCCGGGCAGCCAGGCAAACAGCGCGUGGCGUCGGGAGGGGCGGCAGGCGCCGACAAGCUAGGCGGCAGCUUCGCCAGGAUGACGCUGGGCCCGGGGCAUGGUGACGUCAGCUCGCGGCUGUUCGGUGGACUCGGGGAGGGGCCGGAGGAGGGGCUGCCCGUGAUCGGCGUGCGCAACACCAGCGAGCUGAUAUCCAGGCUGUCCACGCGGAACCAGGAGGCGCAGCAGUAUUUGAGAAAGAGCAGGGCCCUCUGA